CCAUGUCUUCCUCCGAAGCCACCACUUCAACUGAUUUCUCUGUGAAUUCAACUGCUUCAUCUAGCUCCAGCACCAGUGAGGAAACAACCAUGUCUUCAAUCAGCUCUUCUACAGACACCAGCUCCUCUAUAGGAUCAAGUACCUCUUCAACUACGGACACAACCACUUCUUCAAGCUUUUCCACAUCAUCCUUGGAUUCAAGCACUUCUCCAACUACCACCACUGACGAUUCUACUUACUCAAGCUCUUCCAUAGGCUCACAAACCUCUUCAACUUACACCAGCUCUUCUUCAGGAUACUCCUCAUCCAGUUCCUCUUCCGAACCCACUUUUCUACUUAUACAAACACCAGCUCCUCUAGAGGAUCAACCCACAACUUCUACUUUCCCAAGCUCCUCAUCGGAUUCAACCACGUCCUCCUCCGAAGCCACCACUUCAACUGAUUCCUCUGUGGAUUCAACUGCUUCAUCUAGCUCCAAAACCAGUGAGGAAACAACCAUGUCUUCAAUCAGCUCUUCUCCAGACACCAGCACAUCUAUGAGAUCAAGUACCUCUUCAACUACGAACACAACCCCUUCUUCAAGCUUUUCCACAUCAUCCUUGAAUUCAACCACUUUUCCAACUACCACCACUGAGGACUCUAUUUACUCAAGCUCUUCCAUAGGCUCACAAACUUCUUCAAAUUACACUAGCUCUUCUUCAGGUUACUCCUCCUCCAGCUCCUCCUUGAAGCCCACUUCUACUUUAACAAGCUCCUCAUCGGAUUCAACCACAUCUUCCUUCCAAUCCACCACUUCUCUAACUGAUUCUUCUGUGGAUUCGACUACAGCUAGCUCCAGCACCACUGAGGAAGGUACUAUGUCUUCAAUCUACUCCAACUCCAGCUCUUCCAUAGACACCAGUUCCUCUAUAGGAUCAAGUACCUCUUCAACUACGAACACAACCACUUCUUCAAUCUUUUCCACAUCAUCCUUGAAUUCAACCACUUCUCCAACUACCACCACUGAGGACUUUACUUACUCAAGCUCUUCCAUAGGCUCACAAACCUCUUCAAAUUACACUAGUUCUUCUUCAGGCUACUCCUCCAGCUCCUCUUUGGAGCCCACCACUUCUACUUUCCCAAGCUCCUCAUCGGAUUCAACCACGUUCUCCUCCGAAGCCACCACUUCAACUGAUUCCUCUGUGGAUUCAACUGCUUCAUCUAGCUCCAAAACCAGUGAGGAAACAACCAUGUCUUCAAUCAGCUCUUCUCCAGACACCAGCUCCUCUAUAGGAUCAAGUACCUCUUCAACUACGAACGCAACCACUUCUUCAAGCUUUUCCACAUCAUCCUUGAAUUCAACCACUUCUCCAACUACCACCACUGAGGACUCUACUUACUCAAGCUCUUCCAUAGGCUCACAAACUUCUUCAAAUUACACUAGCUCUUCUUCAGGCUACUCCUCCUCCAGCUCCUCUUUGGAGCCCACAACUUCUACUUUCUCAAGCUCCUCAAUGGAUUCAACCACGUCUUCCUUCCACUCCACUUCUCCAACUGAUUCUUCUGUGGAUUCGACUACAACUAGCUCCAACACCAGUGAGGAAGCAACCAUGUCUUCAAUCUACUCCAACUCAAGCUCUUCCAUAGACACCAGCUCCUCUAGAGGAUCAAGUACCUCUUCAACUACGGACAAACCAUCUUCUUCAACCUUUUCCACAUCAACCUUGAAUUCAACCACUUCUCCAAACUACCACCACUGACGAUUCUUACUUACUCAAGCUCUUCCAUAGGCUCAAAACCCUCUUCAAACUUACACUAGCUCUUCUUCAGGCUACUCCUCAUCCAGUCCCUCUUCUGAACCCACUUUUUCUACUUAUACAAGCUCCUCAUCGGAUUCAACCACGUCUUCCUUCCAAUCCACCACUUCUCCAACUGAUUCUUCUGUGGAUUCGACUACAACUAGCUCCAGCACCAGUGAGGAAGCAACCAUGUCUUCAAUCUACUCCAACUCCAGCUCUUCCAUAGACACCAGCUCCUCUAGAGGAUCAAGUACCUCUUCAACUACGGACACAACCACUUCUUCAACCUUUUCCACAUCAUCCUUGAAUUCAACCAC